AUGCAACCCCUACCUGUCCAGCUCCUCGGCGCAACAGCCCUAUACACACCCAAGGAAAUGAACGGCGCUCAAAAGAUCGACCCGUUUAUCUUCCAGGGCGCACAUCCAGAUACAAACGUGUAUCUCUUCUUCAGCUUCCUCGACACCCCCAACAACUUCUCCGACAGCACAGACAAAUACCACUGCCAGCUCAUCGUCUCCUGGGCCGACUCAAAGGGCAUCGACGUCCCGAAAUCAAACGCAGAGCGCCUGGCCCUCAUGAAAUCUCUAACGACGAACUGGGCUGAUCCGUUCCGGUCUCUUAUUCACCAGAUCCCAGAUGAGACGGAGGUGGUUUCGAUUCGUGUUGUCGAUUGGAUUUUCAGUCCGCGGAGGCAAAGGGGUCAUCCUCGGGUUGUUCUUGUGGGCGAUUCGGCGCAUACUAUGACUAUGUUCAGAGGUGAAGGUGCCAAUAACGCUAUCGUGGAUGUACAGGAUCUGGUUAAGAGGAUUGAUUUUACGUCAGCUGAAUCGUUCACGCUAGAUGCCCUUCGUUCUUCUGUUGCCGCAUAUGAACAGGAUAUCUUUGCCCGUGCGGAAACGUCUGUUCUGAAUUCCAGACAGGCGUGUCUUGAUGCGCAUGAUUUUGAGAAGAUUUUGAAUGGGAGUCCUUUGGUUUCGAAGAGGGUGCUUAAGGAGGAUAAGUAA